AUGGCUAUCCAAUUCUUCACCCAAUUACCGAUUCCAAUUUCUCAGAAUUGCCACCGCAGAUUCUUAAUUGAUGAUAACACUAAUACUAAAUCUCAUCUGCACCGGCGUUUCGCCGGAGGCCGGACAGGUGGGUCGCGCAGGGACUGGGGCAAAGACAUAGACCCGAAUCGACGGUCCAGAUUCAGCGAUGCUUAUCCGACGGACGAUUACGGUGAAGAGGAUGAGCGUGAGUUCCGGAAGUCCACGAAGCAGAGGAAAUGGUGGUCUGAUGAUUUCGAUGGAGACGACGACGACGAAGAAGAUGAGGAAGGGUUUGGGAUUCUCGAAGCUUCCAUUGGGUUUGAUUGGGUUCUUAAGGUAUUGAGAGCAUUUGGGUGGAUGAUUCCAGCAGUGAUUGCGUCAUUGGUGCUCGGGACAGGACCCAACUCGAUUAUCAUGGCCAUUGCUCUACCUCUUGCCCAGUCGGCACUUUCUAUAGCAGCCGACACACUCUGGGGAACAUUUUACGAUUCCCCAAGAACAAAGAACAAGAAGAAGAAGAAAAAGAAUAAGCCUUUUGCUCGUAUGAAGGUGAAAAGGGAAGAAGAAGAAGAAGUUUGGUUUCAGUCAGGAAACGGGACAAGGAAUUACAAAUCGUGGGUGGAGGGAAGUAAUGUGCCGUGGGGAAAUGAGAAUAGGAGUCGAUUCGAUUUCGGUGGAUGGGAUGAGCUGGACAAGGAGCCUCGGGUAAGGCCUGUUACACGUGAGCCUGAGGUGCAAGAGAGAGUUAUCACAAGUAGGAAAACAAAGGGAGAUACUCCGCUAUUUAUGAGACUCUUGAUCGCCAUGUUCCCGUAUUUGGGAUUUUGGACCAACUUAUUGUGA